GGAAAAUAGGCCAUUUGCCAUAAUUGUAGGCAGAAAAAGCCUACUUUUAGUUUUUCUUUUCCUUUUUCGGGCCACCUUCAAGAGGUGAUGGGGAUUUCCCAUUCCCUUGGGGCGGACUAAAAUUGGGUUGUAGCCGAUUCGCGACCACUGAAUUGCGGCGCUAAUCCAAUGGGUUCGCUCAUUUGUCCCAAACCUCGUCGUCUUGGGGAUCCCAUUAGCCAUUCUAACUGCCUUCCCUUGAGAAAUCAAACUGAGACCUUUGUUUCAAAAGGUGGAGCAGAACCUAUUGAUCUCAUUCUCAAAGAGGAUGGUGUGGCUGCAGCACAAUACACAUCUGAUUUGUCAUCAUCCCCUCCUUUCUUCUCUGGUUCGCCGCCUUGCAGGGCUAUGAAUCCGUUAAUCCAUGAUGUUCAUUUUACAAAUGAAAAGCAACCCCGUUUUUCAUCAUCACCAUGUACAUCUACUUCAGCUUUAUCUUCUCCAUCAUCAAGUUGUAAAGGAAGGUGUUCAAGGGCAAGACUUGGGCAAACUCAAUCACCAAAUAGAAUAGAGGGCUUCGACUGCCAAAACGCUCGCAUGGCUGCUAUGGCUUAAAUCUUCCUUACUGAGCAGUAUACGAAGUCGACAGCUCAACACAGUAUAUAGAAACAAAAUUUUUGGAGUAUAAUUAGCGAUUCGUAGAGGGGAAAGUUCUGAUUUUGCUUUAAUGUGCAAAAUGUGGCUCUUGCACAUUUAUUUGAAAUAAGUUGAGAGCUGAUAGUUUUGUUUUUGGGUCCGUCUGUAAAUGCUCUCAAUUGAUUUUGGUGCCACAAACUUUUGACAGUAUGAAAACUUGCAGUAUUGUAUAUAUGUGAAAUUUGAUUAGGCAGUGAUUGAGUUUCAUUU